AUGUCCGAAGAGUACUAUAGAGAUUGGUCUGAUGGAGAUUGCUUUCCAAAAACAAAGUCUUGGAAUGAGAGUAGGGAUUGCUGCAGUUGGGACGGAGUCACUUGUGACCUGUUAAACGGUCAUGUUAUCGCCUUGGAACUUAGUUGCAGUCAGCUUGUUGGCACUUUUCAUUCCAACAGCAGCCUCUUCCAACUUCAUCAUCUCCAAACACUAAACCUUGCUUACAAUCACUUCAAUUAUUCUUCGAUCCCACAUAACAUUGGCCGAUUGGCGAAUUUGAGGCAUCUUAACCUUUCUGAUGCUUGGUUUCAAGGGAAAAUCCCAACGGAAAUCUCAUACCUUUCCAAUUUGGUUUCACUUGAUCUUUCUGAUAGUUAUCAUAGAUUACAACUUGAUGAGAGAACAUUUGAAACAAUGCUUCACAACUUCACAAAUUUGGAGCUACUUUCUCUCUCUCAAGUCAACAUCUCAUCUCCGAUACCUCUCAAUAUUUCCUCUUCCUUAAGGUACUUGGAUCUUGAUAAUACUAAUCUGCGAGGUGUUCUCACAGAGAGCUUUUUCCAUCUGCCAAACAGCUUGGAAACACUCAAAUUGAGUAGUAAUGAUCUUCUCAAAGGAGUUUUUCCAAAGAUCCACCGGAGAAACACUCUGUUAAUGGAGCUGGAUAUUUCAGACACAGGCAUCUCCGGUAAGCUGCCUGAUUCAGUUGGCACCUUCAGUUCCUUGAAUAUCUUAAACCUCCAACGAUGUCAUUUCUCUGGUUCCAUUCCUGAUUCCAUUGGCAACCUAACACAAAUUACAGAGUUGGAUUUCAGUCAUAAUAAUUUCACCGGACAUAUUCCUUCCACAAUCUCUAAAUUGAAGCACCUCACACGUUUACAUCUUUCGUCCAACUCCUUUUCAGGUAAAAUUCCUGAUGUUUUCUCUAACCUACAACAACUACGUUAUUUAUAUCUUUUUAGAAACAGCUUCAUCGGUCUAUUUCCCACUUCAAUUUUAAGUUUGACACGUCUUGAAAGAUUAGACAUGUCGAGUAAUUCCCUAUCUAGCCCAUUACCUAAGAAUGCGAGCAUUCUUCAAAAUCUAACUUAUUUGGAUUUGUCUUACAACUCACUGAAUGGUUCCAUACCAUCUUGGGUGUUUAGCCUACCUUUGCUAUCUUCGGUGUCGCUCCAUCAUAAUCGAUUCAGAGGGAUAGCUGAUAAAGUGAUCAAAACAAACCCAACAUUAGAACGCCUCGAUUUAAGCCAUAAUCAACUCAGUGGUUCUUUUCCUCAAUCACUUGCGAAUCUCAAAAACCUUUAUUACCUUGACCUUUCAUCAAAUAAAAUCACCAAUGAUAUUACGGGAAUCAAUAUCACUUUCCCUAGCCUGGAAUUUUUGCAUUUAUCAUCGUGUGAACUGAAGGAUAUUCCACACUUGUUGAGAAAUGUAAAGACUUUUGUGUACUUAGAUAUUUCUAACAAUAAGAUUUCUGGUCAAAUCCCUAAAUGGUUUAGCGGCAUGAGGUGGGACUCGUUGCAGUUCCUAAACCUUUCUCAUAAUUCACUAACAGGCAACCUACCACGAUUGCAUUAUUAUACUCUACAGUAUCUUGAUCUGAAAUUCAACUCCCUUCAGGGUCCACUACCUUCAUCCAUUUGUAACAUGAGUUCGCUUAUCUUAUUAGAUUUAUCACGCAACAAUUUCAGUAACUCGAUUCCAAGUUGCUUGGGAAGCAUGGCUAAUCUAACGGUGCUGGACUUAAGAAAGAACAAUUUCACAGGUAGUCUUCCCACAUUAUGUGUCCACAGCACUUCAUUGAGUACCAUUGUCGUAAAUGGUAAUCGAUUUGAAGGACCUGUUCCUGUGUCGUUGCUCAAGUGUGAUAGUCUAGAAGUCCUUGAUGUGGGGAGCAAUGCUAUAAAUGACACAUUUCCAGCUUGGCUUGGAUCUCUUGAAGAGCUGCAGGUCCUUGUAUUAAAGUCGAACAAGUUCCAUGGACCUAUAAGUACUUGUCAGACUGAGUUUUGCUUUACCAAGUUGCGUAUUUUUGAUCUUUCUCGUAAUGAUUUCAGUGGCUCACUUCCUGCAAAUGUUUUUGGAAACUUCAAGGCAAUGAUCAAAUUAGAUAACGAAGACACAGGAGAGAUCAAGUACAUGAGACUAUCUGACACAUCGUAUGAGGAUUCAGUGACAUUGGUAAUCAAAGGGAAGGAUAUUGAGCUACAAAGAAUCAGCACAAUUAUGACAACCAUAGAUCUCUCAAGCAACCAUUUUGAAGGUGUCAUUCCGAAAACACUAAAGGAUCUCAGCUCACUUUGGCUACUCAAUUUAUCCCAUAACAAUCUCAGAGGUGAUAUUCCAAUGGAAUUAGGGCAAUUGAAUACGCUUGAAGCUUUAGAUCUCUCCUGGAAUCGCCUCACUGGAAAGAUUCCGCAGGAAUUGACAAGAAUGAACUUUCUGGCCUUCUUAAACCUCUCUCAAAAUCAUCUCAUCGGACCAAUUCCUCAUGGUCUACAGUUCAACACAUUUGGAAAUGACUCGUAUGGCGGCAACCUUGAUUUAUGUGGUCCUCCUUUAUCAAAACAAUGUGGAACAAGUGAUUCAUCGCAUCCUCCUCAACCUUUGGAGGAAGAAGAAGAUGAAAGUGAGUCAUAUUUUUUUAGUGGAUUUACAUGGGAAUCAGUAGUCAUAGGCUACAGUUUUGGACUCGUUGUUGGAACUGUCAUGUGGAGUCUCAUGUUUAAAUAUCGUAAACCAAAAUGGUUUGUCGAAUUUUUUGAUGGACUCAUGCCUCACAAAAGAAGAAGGCCAAAGAAGAGAGCUCAGAGACGAAGGACUUAA